AUCUGCUCGCCUCCCGGUUUGUGUUUUUUUUUGCCGGACAAGGCUUUCACAUUGCCACUUACAGGCCGGAAUUUCUGCCUCGUCAUGUCGGCAGAGCUAAGACGAAACGUUUCAGAUGCGGUCCCAAUCAAGAACAUCGAGAGGGAGCUGAUCUGCCCAAUAUGCAAGGAGCUCUUCACUCACCCUCUGAUCCUGCCCUGUCAGCAUAGUGUUUGUCACAAGUGUGUCAAAGAGCUGUUGAUGCUGAAUCAUGAGGACUCUUUCGAUGCUGGGUCCGAGUGCUCCCUACCUGGCAGCCCCAGAUCCAGGGUGCCUUCACCGUCCAUGGAGAGGCUAGACAGGAUUGUGCGAUCAGGUGGGUCACGGGCCACAGCGCGAAGGUCGCACGGAAGUCGAGGUAGAAGCGGGCUCUGUGUUUUGACUAGCUGUAGUAGCUCCAUAUCAUCUUCAGGUUGGCGCCGAGGAUCUCUAACUCCUCGGGUCACUACCAUCCCAUGCCCAGGCUGCCAGCAUGACAUUGACCUUGGCGAGCGUGGGAUUAGUAUGCUGUUUCGCAACUUUACCCUGGAGACAAUUGUGGAGCGCUACCGCCAGGCAGCCCGUGCAGCUGUAGCAAUCAUGUGUAAUAUCUGUAAGCCUCCACAGCAGGAAGCAACAAAGAGCUGCAUGGAUUGCAAAGCUAGCUACUGUAAUGAAUGUUUUAAGAUGCAUCAUCCCUGGGGCACCCCAAAAGCUCAGCAUGAAUACGUUGGCCCCACUACAAACUUUAGGCCAAAGGUACUAAUGUGUCCUGAACAUGAGAUGGAGAAGGUGAACAUGUACUGUGAGGUCUGCAAACGACCAGUGUGCCACCUUUGCAAGCUGGGAGGAUCACAUGCCAACCACAAAGUCACUUCUAUGAGUAGUGCCUACAAGAUCCUCAAGGAGAAACUGGCAAAGAGUAUCCAUUACCUCAUCAGCAAAGAGGGCAAAGUCAGGUCUCAGAUUACUAACCUUGAGCUGCUCAUCAGUCAGACUGAGGAAAAUGGUCAGCUCGCAGAACGUCAAGCAAAUGAGCACUUUGAUCGACUAUUUGCAACACUGCAGGAGAGGAAAUCUGAGAUGCUGAGGUCCAUUGAACAGUCUCGUAACAGGCGCCUGGACCAACUCAAGGGCCAGGUAGAGGAGUACCAAGGCAUGUUGGAGAACAGUGGUCUGGUGGGCUAUGCUCAAGAGGUGCUGAAAGAGACUGACCAGUCCUGCUUUGUGCAGACUGCAAAGCAGCUGCAUGUCAGAAUCCAGAAGGCCACAGAAUCUCUCAGGACCUUUCACCCUGCAGCAGACCCCAGCUUUGAUGAAUUUGUCCUUGACACAACCAGAGAAGAGACUCUCCUCAAACAAAUGUGUUUUGGUGGAGUGCCAGAUCCUCCUCUGAUUGACCUGUCCCUCAGCAGAGUCUAUAAUGAAGCUGAAAUCUGCUGGAGACUGUCUGAUGAUCACAUUCCCACAGAUCAUCAUGUACUUGAGUACCGCAGGCUUAGUACCCCUAGCCAGUCCCCAUCUCGGGAAGAUGGUGAGGACACUGGGGUCUGGAGGGCUACAGACAAGGUCUAUGGUCCCAGCACUGUAGUCUGUGACUUGGAUCCUGACAGCCUGUACUCGUUUAGGGUCCGAAGUUGCAGGAACUCCAUGUUCAGUCCCUACAGCCCUGAGGUCACCUUCCAUACACCUCCUGCUCCUGCUUUUGGUUUCCUGUUCAGUGAUAAGUGUGGCUUCAGCACAGAGCGCCUGUUACUCAACAAACGGCGGGACACUGUGGAGAGUGUGGCAGGGACAGCUUUCCUCCUUGCAGCUGAGCGUGUGCAGACUGGAAGUUACAUUAUACUUGACUACAUUACUGGAGAUGCAGGCAUCUCUCAGGGAAGACACUACUGGGCCUUCAAGGUAGAACCAUACUCCUACUUGGUUAAAGUUGGAGUGGCAUCGGAUGCAAAGCUACUUGAAUGGUUUCACAACCCCAGAGAUACCAGCAGCCCAAGGUACGAUCAUGACAGUGGACAUGACAGCGGCAGCGAGGAUGCAUGCUAUGACCUUUCACAGCCCUUCACCCUCCUCACUCUAGGCAUGGGCAAACUCUUCAUCCCCAAGGCUGCUUCAUCUUCUGCUUUCACAGGAAACACAUCUGGUGACCCUGGCAACCGUGUGCUACCCAUGCCACAGCGUGUGGGUGUGUGCCUUGAUUACGAUGCAGGUCGGGUGUAUUUCUAUGAUGCAGACACCAUGAGGUGCCUUUAUGAACGGCAGGUGGACUGUUCAGGAACAAUGUAUCCAGCCUUUGGCCUCAUGGGCAGCGGCAAGGUUCAACUUGAAGAAUUCAUCACUGCUAAGAGACUGACCUUCUGAAGAUGGAUAGAGUUUGCUGACUUAACAUCUGCAUCUACUAAACUUAUGUUCUGGCAGGAGUAAGGGUUGGACAGGGCAAGUUUAAAGUAGUUAGGUAUGGUAUUUGUGAUCCACACUGGGUAUCUGUUUUGAGGCCAGUUUUUAUUUGUAAAGUCUGUCUGGUCUUUGUUAGGUUUUAAUUGCUAGUUCUGGUCAUAUUCUACUACAUUUAAUUUGGCUGCAAAGCUAUUCUGCAGUCACCUAAUUCUUGUUUAAACCUGAAACGCCUUCCACAAUGCUACUCUGCCUGUUUUUAUAAUUAUUUACAGUGUGAUCUUUCUUUGGCUCUUUGUGAAGCUGUCUUUAGGUAGCAACAUGGGUUUAUAUAAUUUUAGUAGACCUGACAGAGCUGUGUAGCUACUUUUGAAGCUGGUGCCUUCCUCUUAGAAAAUGGACCACAUAGUUUGCUUGAGCACGUCUGUUUCAUUGCAAAAUGUAAUGGUGAAAUUUAAAUUUUACUUUGAUCAAACUCUGGUGUCAAACUUGUAAGAAGUGAUGUCCAUUAUAACUCACUCCUCACUCUAUCACACACUACCUUUUCAACUCUCCACAAGUACAUUGAGCUGUUCUUGCACAGAAUGACACUUAGCACGAGUAUUUGUAAUAACACUUUAAUUCAUUACAUUCUUCGUUGGUCACCUUGUCACAGACUUAAUCAGUGCAUCAUGCCUCGUCAUCAGUAUCACAGAAUCUUUCCUGCUUCCAAACUUGAAGUGUGGAUAUUCUUUUGGGUUUAAAAAGUCUUAAUAUUUGCACUCACAGCUGUUGCACAGCGCUGAAUGUGACUCACUGCUACACACCAGG